AUGAAUGAUUAUCAUUCACAGGUUUUACCCCGCUCGUUGACUCCAAUGCUCGAGCGAGCACUGGCUUCGUUCCCGGUGGUAGUGCUCACCGGCGCCCCCCAGACCGGCAAGAGCACACUGGUGCAGAUCCUGGGAGAGGCCACCGAGCGGCCCUACCUGACGCUCGACAACGUGGAUCUGUUGGAGCGGGCCAAGGACGACCCCGACGCAUUGGUACGGUCGACCGAGCGAUUGACCCUCGACGAGGUGCAGCGGGUCCCCGAACUUCUCCUGGCGGUCAAGCGAGCGGUCGAUCAGGAUCGACGGCCCGGCCGCUUCAUCUUGACUGGCCCGUCAGACUUCCUCCUGAUGCGCAGGAUCUCGGAGAGUCUUGCGGGACGUGCCGUCUAUUUGAAUCUCUGGCCGCUCAGUCGUCGCGAGCUGCUCGGCGAGGGUGCCGCCGGUUCUUGGCAGGUCCUUUUCGAGUCCGCAGACCAGAGCUGGCCGGCAUUCUUAGCCGAAAGACCCGCUGAGACCACGGCCUGGCAGGAGCUUGCAAUCCGCGGCGGGUACCCAGAACCGGCCUACAAGCUGCAAGAUCCCGAAGUUCGAGCCCUGUGGUUCGCGGGUUACACCCGGACCUAUCUAGAGCGCGAUCUCCAAGAACUUUCUUCGGUAAGCUCGUUGGCCGAUUUCCGACGUCUCAUGCGAGCAGUUUGCUUGCGGCUGGGAAACCUGGUCAAUCAGACCGAGCUUGGCCGAGACGUGGGACUUUCACAGCCAACCGUGCACCGGCACCUGGGCCUCUUGGAAGCUUCUUACCAGCUGGUGCGGAUACCAGCCUACAGCGUCAACCGCACCAAAAGGCUGAUCAAGAGCCCCAAGCACUAUUGGUGCGACAGCGGCCUGGCCAUGCAUCUGGCAGGCGAGACAGAACCGCGCGGUGCCCAUCUGGAGAAUCUGGUCUUGCAGGACCUCUUGACCUGGCGCGAAACUCAGAUCGAACGCCCCGAGCUGCUUUACUGGCGCACCACGGUAGGCGAAGAAGUCGACUUCGUGAUCGAGUGGCAAGGAAUGCUACUACCGAUCGAAGUCAAGGCCACCACCAAGCCCCGUCCACGAGACUGGCGCGGGCUGCGCGCCUUCAAGGCCGAGUACGGCGAUCAAUCACGCGCAGGUCUGCUGCUCCAUACCGGCCAAGAACUCGGCUGGCUGGCCGAGGGCAUCCUGGGCGUGCCGUGGUGGCGUUUGAUCUGA